AUGUUGACCAUUAGAUCUUUAUCAUCAACAUUUAAAACAUGUUUUAAUUAUAGUAGUAGUGUUUUGUUGACAAACAACAAUAGAUAUCUAAGUACUUCAACAUCUUCAUCUUCAUCUGAGGGUAGAACUUCAAGAGUUCAAUUCAAGAAGAAUCUCGAUAAAAAGGUCUAUGGAAACGAAAAGAAUAGUGAUCGUAGUAGUAGCAGCAGUUCAAGUAAAAAAACAUCAAUUAAAUUCGAGAGAAAUCAAUCAUUAGAUGAUGAUUUCAAUGGUUUCGAAGAUGGAAAACAAUCAUCGUCCAGAAGAUUAGAUAAAGAUUAUAAGAGUAAUAGUAGUAAUAAUAAUAAAAAUAAACCAAGAGAUAAUUAUAAUAGGGAUAGAAAUAGAGAUAGUUAUAGAGAUAGAGAUAAUGGAGAUAGUCGCAGUAGAGAUACUAGAAAAUAUAGAGGUGAUCGUGAUGAUAGAAAAUAUAACAAAUGGAAUAAUAAUAAUUAUAAUAAUAAUAAUAAUGAUGUUUAUAAAUAUAGUUUAACAGGUGAAGGUCUUUUCGGUGUAAAUCCAAUUUGGGUUGCAUUGUAUGCCGACAAUAGAUCUUUUAAUAGACUUUAUAUUUUAGAAUCACUGUAUCAUAAAUUACAAGAUUAUAUUAAGGAUCAAGAGAAUGAUCUUAAUAAUAAUAAUAAUAAUAAUAAUAAUAACAAUGACAACAAUAAUAGUAAUACUUAUCAACCAACAGAUUUAAAUAGACUCAAUGAUAUCAUUGAUGAUCUUGACGAAUCGGAUAAAACAAACAACGAUAACGACGACGAUGAAAUGAAGAGAGUAAUCACCAUGAGUAAAACAACCAAAAAGAAUAAAUUCAAUAUCAAUAGAGAUAAAAAGAAUAUUGGUGCACUCGUUGAUAUUUUAAAGAAAUGCGAACAAUUAGAGGUAGAGAUUGUACCGGUCGAUAAGCAGAGAUUGGAUGUUUUCUCAAAGUUUAGAGUUCAUCAAGGUUUGGUAUUGGAUUGCUCUCCACUAACGAUUACAACAUUGACAGGAUUGUCUGUGCCCGAUAUGACUGAAUUCGAGGCAGACAAUCGAUAUCCUCUGAUUAUUGCGCUGGACGAGUUGUGGGACCCACAGAAUACCGGUGCCAUCGUUAGAACCUGUCAUUACUUUGGUUUGGAUGGUGUCAUCGUCACCGACAAGGGAUCGAUCCCUGUCUCACCGUUCGCUUCAAAGUCAUCGAGUGGUGCCAUCGAAGAAUUCCCAAUAUUCAAGUGUCUCUCACUCGCUUCGUUCCUCCAGGCCAGCAAAGCCAGAGGUUGGCAUAUCAUCGGAACAUCGGUCAGCGAUCCCGAGUCGAAAGAUAUCACCAACGUCAAAAUUGACAAACCAACAGUACUUGUCAUAGGAAAUGAAGGAUACGGACUCAAAGAUAAAGUAGUAAGUCACUGUAAUGAAAUGAUCAUGAUUAAAGGCUUACAAAGAUCAUCGAAUGAAAAGAUAGAUUCAUUGAACGCAAGUGUUACCACUGGAAUCUUAAUACAUCAUUUACAAUCAACCAAUAAGAUUAAAUAA